AUGGCAGAUAAUUUGGUGCAGACGGUGGAUAUGUACCGUGCGCUUGCAAAGCCUGCGGGUGGCAAGGAAACCAAUCCCGUCUCCAACAACAAUCUGGCCGAUGUCAUGGGUGUGUUGCGCUACGUCCACCAAGAGGUCAUUGUGGAGCAUGUUGCCGGCGAUCCGGAGCGUACCUCCAGGAAGUACGGCAUCGAUGCCUUCGGACACUACAGGAUGAAAGUCCGAAAUCCAGAUACCAUCUUGAAGGACCCCAGCAAGCUUGCAAUGCCAGGUUUCGGACGCUACGGUGCCUUCGACUACGGUGUUGCUACAUCUCUGGAUCUUUUGGAAGGCGUCGUGGCCAAUGGAGAUUAUGUGGGGAUCUCCAAGGAGGACUCGCCACAGAUCAACUUCACACAUCCCUGGUACUGGUUCUCUGUGGAUGGAGACUGUCCAAACUUGCCAUGGCAGUGUGUGAAGCCUUUCCCGGGAUGUGAGGCUGAGGCUCCACCAACGAAGCCACAGCCUUGCGAUCCCGAUGGCUGCGCAGGCAAACAAGACCAGGAUGCCCGAAACUGCAGCUCCGAUCCCCACUUCAGUGAUCCCUCUGACACUGACACGGCGCGAAAGUGCUGCUUGCACUACAGCCGGUUUCCCGACAAGGUGAUUAUGGGGGGCCUGUGCGACUCCUCGAAGACGGAUCCAACAGGGGAGAUUGGCUGCGUCUACACCUACAAGGCCUUGGCAGACAGCGACUUCCUGAAGAUCGACGAUUUGAACGGAAUCACAAGCAUGCCUUGUGGCCCCAGUGAGAAGAGGAAGUGCACAGGCUGGAAAGACUGGCGUGACAACUGCUACGAUCCGCAAAAGAAGUACAAGAAGAAAUUCCACUGCAAGGAUUGUAGCUCCACCAGCGCCAAGUGGGACGUGGAUAUUCAGGAGACUGGCUAUUGCGUGGAGUAUGACCUGCACCCAUACUGCCAACAAACUCAGGAUCUGUGCAAGGACCCGAGAUGCAUGCAGUUGAAGGCAGAGGAGAAGGAAACCGGCCUCCCAUUCUGGAAGGGAAAGUGUGAAGUACGAGACAACCAGCGCCGUGCGGAAGCCGUGGCGGAGUUCUUCCUGGGAGAUGCCGUGAAGGGUUCCCACUGGCUAGUUGACAAGGCCGCCAUGGAUGCCAGCCCAGCCUGCUCGUCAAAGGACACUUCUGUGCCCAAUCAGUGCACUCCAAAUCCUGAUGGAGGUCCCUAUUGCACUCGUCUCUUCGGCGGCGUCUGCUCUACUUGCUACAUCCCAGGAACUGACCCGCCAUAUCCUGAUCCUACAUCGCAGCCAAUGUGCCCUUGGGACACGUUGAAGGAGAAGGGCAACACACCGCCAACGGAGACGAAAUGUGCAUCGGAAGAUCCGCUAUCGCUUUGCUGUUUGUAUGGAAUUGGAAGCUGCAACAAUGUGACUGGCACCGACGGAUCUGAUGCCGAGUUGACUGCACGUGGAUUCCUGGUGGUUGCAAGGAUAAUGGACAACAAAGAGAUGGUGAAGUUUGCCACACGUUACGUUGAAUCCUUCAAGGGUGCCGUGAUAAAUGAGGGUGCUCUUGGCGCUGACAUCUAUGGCACCUGGCACUACCAGCCUCCCACCAACCCUGAGGCCGCAUGGACAGGGUUCACCGUGGCGGUCAACAAGAGCACCGGUAUCACAUGGCAUCCGGCGGCACCCACACCGAAGCCUUCGGGCGGUUCCACGGUGAUCUGGAUUAUUGUCGUCCUUGUGGUGCUGGCACUUCUGGGCUUUGCAGCCUUCAAGUAUCGGCAAAAUCAGCAGGCUAGGCCUUCAUCCUUGCAUCGUGGGCGUACAGAUGAGGAACUAGGUGGAACUAGCGAGCUGCUGCUACGUGGGAUUUACUUUGAAGGUUUCACUGGACGGCAGCGACCAGGCUGCACAACUCUGCAGAAGGGUGACAUCAUAGCUUUUGAGGUUCACAUCAAGAUGAAGAGGAAUUUGCUUCAAGAGUUUGUCAACUUGAGUCUUGAGAGGGACCUGGCAGCCGUCGCGACAACGCCGACAAGCUCAGACUACAUGAUCAGCUGGCGCAGCACACGGUGCAGCACAUUCAAGCAAGGAAUGGUGGCCGCACCCUUGGCCUCGCUGUCUGAGCCGCGCGGAGCUGCACGGUUCUCCCGACUUCGCAUCAGGUGGGCCAACAAUACCGACCCCUCAGGCUAUGUGACGACUAUUUGUGUCUACGUUGUGGCAGCUGUCGGUUUCUAUGGCUUUGAAAGAAGUGAAAGGUUGGAAUGGCUCCGGGGCGCAGAGCUGGUGUAUGGUCGCAGCAAACCCAGUGAGGUCAAGGCCAAGGUACAAGACUCCGAGAUUGCAGCUUGUCCUGAGCAAGGUACUGCGGCAUGGAGCAAAGGAUUGGCCGCCGCGGCUGCGGCUCCGAUCCUGCCAAAAGCCAAGGAGGCAUCUUUGACUUCGAAUGGGGAGACCAAGGUCAAAGAGCCCAAGGACGUGCCACAAGUGCCGUUCGUGUAUUCGCACAACGAUCUGGAAAAUCAAGAAGCUGCCAUGGCGUAUUUCGAGACUCGAUACUACAACAACGAGAACCGAUGGUCUUUGGGUGAGAAAGACUUGGCAGAUGCCAUCGCCAUUGGCCAGUUGGCAUUCCAAGAGCAGUCGCUGGCGCUGGCGGCUGCCCAAGUACUCUACCUCUACGCGUGGUUCACAAGGACUGGCGAGAUCAUGCGCGCAAACAUCAUACUGUCUGCACAGCUGUUCGAGCUGAGCAUCACAUAUGCUGGGUGUUCUCGUGAGCUGCUUACAGAUCACUGGCUUCAGCUAGGUUGUGACAUCCGUUUUGGUCAGCCCGCCAUCCUUUAUUCGUGGCUGCAAGAAACUGACCAGACCGGCACCGCGGCAGUCUACGGGGAGCGUGGCUCGCAACUGCUUGCGUACUUAAAGACAGUGCCGCGUUUCGCAGAUGCUGGUAAGACUUGGAGCUCACCAUGGGACAUCAAUUUCAACCAGCUUAGAUAUCCUGACAUACCGGCCAAGCCAAUUUGGAACGCCAGCAAAGUGCCAUUGGCGGUGUUCCUUGAAGAGAACUACGGGACUUUCCGGUCCGAGCUAGAAGCCAUUAUAAACGCAGCAGAUGUCGAAGAUGGCUACGAGACGAUCCGGCGUGCGGACGUGUCCGUUGAGUCGCUCUCAACUCCAGGUGGUUGGGAUGCUAUUCGCAUUGUUCGAUAUGGCCAUUGGAACGAAGCCUUCUGCAACUUUGCGCCAAAGACAUGCGCACUCUUGAGAACUCGGAAAGAGCUGGUGAAUUGCCCAUACGUCAACACAAACUACUACAAAUUAUUUCCAGGUGCGGACAGGAAGCCACAUUUCGGAAAUGCUCCGCGGCUCACGGCGCACCUGGCUGUCAUCGCUCCAGAACCCCUCCGCUCAGGCAUAACGGUUGGGCCAGCCCAAAGUUUAUGGAUUGAGGGCAAGUCCAUGGUCAUCGAUGACACAUACCCUCAUUCAGUGAGCCACUGGGGCCAGCACCCACGCUAUGUCCUAGCAACCUGGUUCUGCCAUCCUUGUGAUGAGAACCAUGACAGUGGAGAUGGUGGCAAAGGCUCAAUGCUCCACGCACCCUGGGAUCUCGCGACAGUUGAGGGUGGUGCUAUCUUUGUGCUUGUGUUCGCUUCCGCAGCACUGCCAGACCUCACUGUCUACCCAGAGUCUACAUCGGACAGUACCUACGUGCUAAAUGAAACAAGAACGCCAGUGAAGCAUGAGCAUAUGCAUGGCCGUAAAGAUGUGCCAGCCCUUUCCACGGAUGCGGCGGUUUUUCCAGUUCCUCGUCCCGGCGAGUUUGCGCGGAGCCGCCUGUGGCAAGGGGGGCUCACAGUCACAGACCGUAAUCUUGCAGCAUUGCAGUCAUUGAGGGGGCUUGCUGCCGAUCGGGACAACUGCUUCCCCCAUGGCCGCAGAGCAGGUCUCGCUCAGCUAAGUGAGCCUUCGCGGGACCGCAAUGCAAGGGCCAAGUGCUCAGCCUUGCGGGAACUCCCAGCAAUAUUCAAAGAAUGGAAGGCGCUGCGAAAGCAGCGAGGGUCUUCCAUUCCCGGGGUUCGUGAACUGCGCGAUUGUAAAGAAGGUCUUGAGGAAUUCUUAUCCGAUGCCACAGCAGCCAUUACGCGACUCUUGCACCGCUCCCCGACAAAGCUUCGGAGGCGAAUACGCAAGGCAGUUCUGAAGGAGUGGCAGGUCCUCCGCCCGCAACACCAGCUGCUCUUCGCGGCCACGGCGGCGCAGCGAGCGCUUGACCGACCGCAGAGCCCUGUGCUCGGAGCGUCAAGGAAGCUUCCCCAACAGUGUCCUUCGGCAGAGAUCUGGUCACUCUUACAGCAAGCGCCUCCAUCCUGUGAGCUCUAUGGCGAAGGCUCGGAUGCUACGUUUUCUCAUCCUUUUGUCAAGGAGCUGCUCAAAAAGGCACAAGAGCGCGUCUCAUGGGACGGCUGGGUGAUUUGCGUGCGCACCUACGCCAGGCCAGACAAGCUGAUGGCGCAGACGUUGAAAGUCUUGAAAGCCGCUGGGCUGCUGAAGUUCCGCAAUCGGCUCCAUGUCUUCGUCUCCCAUGAAGACCCAGACUUCCUCUCAGGCCGCUAUGAGGAAGUUUUGGGGACGCUGAAAGACAGGAUUGUCAUCGGUGUGAAGGGAGCGGACCUGCAGGUCCGCUUCAUCGAGGAGUGCUUCCUCGCGGGCCAACAUGUGGUGGUUUGCGACGACAACCUGACCCGCUUGGUGCAUCACGAGGCCGGAGAUGAGCGGCCCGUGGACCUGGUGGCAAUCAUAGAGGCGGCGGCUGCAGCAAUGCAACGCUUCCAGGCUCACCUUUGGGGCAUCUCUCCCACGAGCAACAAGACGUUUCUGAAGGAGGUUCCAGCGAUUAGUACGUCGCUGGGCCUUGUCUAUGGGGCCUUCUUUGGUUUCCUCGUCCUGCAAGAGCCUGAACUGUACACGAGGUUUGGCCAGGUGAAGGAUGAUGUGGAACGCUCUCUGCGCUACUGGCACCGCGAUGGUGUGAUUGUGAGAUUCCGCCGUGUUUCCUGCACGAAGGCCCAAAGGCCAGGUGUCUAUUCAAGCAGAAAGGGCGGCAUAUCUGCCAGCGUCGGGGAGUCAGGGCAUAAGAAGCAGGGUGACUUUGCGCUGGCGCAGCUAUAUCGAGGCUUCUCACGGUACAUCCGCUUACCCACGCCGGAGUUCGAUCAACAGCGAGAUCCGAAGACAGGACACCUUCAAACACGCGGUGACAAAAAGCCGCGAUGGAAACCAGGAUGUCGCGUUGCAGAUUGCGGCGUGGUCUGGAUGCGGAAGAAAUGUUCGCCAUUCCGCCCUGGGCCUUGGGCAUUGGCCCCGAGAGGCCAGGUCCUCAUGGCUGGCUUCUACUGCCAAGCCUGUCGACAAACCUCUUGUGGAGAAGUACGCGGCGCAUGCUGCUGUGUCCACCCUGUUGAGCAGGAGGCGCGGCAGAUUUUCUUCACAGAGGGCCUUGAGGCGAUCAGAGCCCAAGCAAGGCUGACCCGCAAGGUGACUCCCGAGGAUAGGGUAAUGAAGGCGCUAGAGCAUGAGUGGCGCCUUCUUCCGAAGCGUCAGCGGGCAGAUGUAGAGGCGCUUGCAGCAGCAGAGCUUGAGCAGAAGCAGUGGACUCUUCGCAAGGAGAGCUGGGUAGGCCAUUUGCUGUAUUUGCUUGAAAUGAACUUGCCACCAUCUCCUGGCUUCGAGAAGGCAACGGCUGUGAUGGCUGCGAAGGCUUCAAAAUCACCCGAUCGUCAGGGUGAGGAGGAAGAACUUCCUGACAUUGUAGAAGCUCGUGCGGCGAGCUACAGCAGAGCUUUGCAGCUCUGCGCCUGCUGCCCUGGCAAGGAGGAGGAUGGGCUAGCAUGGAUGGAAGAGAUGCAGGAAAACGAAAACACCCGAAAGCUGAUCAGCAUCGCCGACUACUUGGCCGCCUUGCAUGCCUGCGAGGCUUGCGAGGAGUCUCUGUUGCGUGCGUUUGCAUUUCUCACGGAAAUGCACAAGAGCGGUCUCUCAUUGGACACCCCCCUCCAGCUUUCCGAGGGCGCUGAGCAAGAGGGUGUGGCCUGGCUGAAGCACAAGCUGGGGGAAGACGUUUGGGAUGCCUUGGAGCAUCAUGCGGAUUCCUGGUUAUCUCGUGCAAGCCAGAGUGCAGCGACUUGUUCCCCGUACAAAAGGUCCGGAGGGGCGGUGCUGCGCCUGGGAAGCCUCCUACGCAGAAGCAGCCGCAGAGCCGGCCGCCGGAAAGAGCUGGACGAGCUGGACGAGAAAAUGCGCCCGUGGGUACAGCCCAUGAUGGAUGCAUUAGAUUCCGACAGCCCGGCCGCCUUGACCAAGUUGAAGGAGACCCCAGAUCUCGGUGCCUUUGCUGCCGACAGCCUCAGGCACCUCGGCAUCAUUGUCAGUGACGCGAAUGGUUGGCCUGCAGAGGCAGCGCAACAGCUUCGUAGGAAGGCCAUGCUGGACAAGUGGUUGUCCUGGGGAUCGGAAGGUCCGGGCAGCCUGGCCUGGAUGGCGUUUGACUUGACGCACCAGUUAGCUGGCCACUUGCAUUCUGCCGGCGAGACGUACUGCCGCGGCCAUUCAGUCGUGAGUCCGCUGAUGCCAUUGGAUGAGACGUUUGCUGGGGAUGCUGAGCAGGUUGCAAUGCAAGCACUGGCACAGCGACUGCUCGAAGCAGGUGGAGAGCCUGAAAACUUUGUGGAAGUGCGUGGAGUGGUGCUGCUCUACAUGCCGUCUCCUCCCAGGACAGCUGGCAUCUUUGCUGCCAAGCAAUUCUUGCAGCUGUUUCCGUUGAUCCAGAUGCACAUGGCCUUCGGUGAUGGCAUGGAUCUUGGUGGCGCAACGCUCAGACUCGAUCUCCCUAUCAUCAGGAUUGGCAACAUGCCAUCCGGCAAAGCACAAUCUGGGGACAAGGAGGCUCUUGCCGACGACAGAAAGUCCAACGGCAAACUGUCCAACGGCCACGCUCCAAACGGCGUGCAGGUCGCAAUGGGGCGAAGUGCUUGA